AUGUUAUGUUCAGUUUAAUUUAGAACUCUUAAUUUAAAGGCUCCUGAAUUACUUAUUAAAUAAUUCUAUAAUCCAUUUACUUUUGAUAUAUGGGGAUUGGAUUUGGAAUUGUGCUUCAUCAAUUAUUAGUUGGAGAAUUUCCAAAAAAUAUCAAAUUCUAUUUCAAAAUCAUUUUAAAAAAUUAUAUUUUAAUGUAUAGAUAAAAAUACCGAAAGUAAAGAGACUGUUGAUAAAGUACUAAAUGAACUCAAUUACUUAUUAAUGAAUUAUUUUUUAUAUAUAAUUUAUUAUAUAGAAAAUAAAAAUGAAUGUUCUUUUUAGAUAGGUUGCCAAUCCCACCAAUCCUAAAAUUGUUGCCAUUGCCAAAAAUUAUGUUAAACAUGUUAAAGAAAUGGGUGGUGAUAAACCACCUGAAGAACCAGUAAUAUUUUAAAAGCCAUUCUCAUCCUUAAUGUACCUUCCAGAAGGAAAAGGAUUGUUUUAAUUACCUAAACAUAAUCAUGAAAUCCAUCAUGAGAUAGAAGUAUUGUUAAUUAGAUUAAUUAGCUUGGAUUUAUGGUUGGUAAAAUUGGAAAGAAUAUCUAAAAGGAUAAAUGGUAAGAAUAUAUUGGAGGUUAUUUUUUGGCAUUAGAUUUGACUGAUAGAGAAAUGUAGGCUCAUUUUAAAAAACAAGGUUUUCCAUGGGAUUUAGCUAAAGGUUAAGAUAACUUUUUCCCAAUAACAGAAUUAAUUCAAAAAGAGAAGGUUAAUGAUCCAAAUAAUCUUUAAUUGGAAUUAAAAAUAAAUGAAAAAGUAGUAUAAAGUGAUUCUACUUCUUCUAUGUAUUACAAAAUUCCAGAUUUAUUGGCCUAUAUAUCAUAAUUCAUGACCUUAAGACCAGGAGAUUUAGUAUUAACUGGUACACCUCAUGGAGUAGGUCCAAUAAAGGUUAAAGAUUAAUUAAUGGGUACAUUAAAAUAAGGAGAUUAAACAUUGGCAAGCCUUAAUUUAUUAGUGGAAUGAGGAUUUCUUGAAAUUCUAUACAACUAUGAG